AUGCCUGGGACGGUGGCAGAUGGACCUACGGUCUCCAUGUCUUUCGCGAAUAACUUCUGGGGUAAAGAUGACGCCGGGCUCCAGCCUAUGCUGGACCGCAUGCAUAGUUCAAAGGUUACAAACGAUGAAUUGAAGAUUUUCUACAAUCUUCGAUCUUCUAUUGAAGAUGAAUACGCGCGCAAACUCCAGGCCCUCUGCCGCAAGACACUCGGCUCAUCUGAGACAGGAUCGCUCCGGAACUCGCUUGAUGUGGUUCGGGGAGAGACGGAGGCGAUUGCCAAAGCACACGCCGCAAUCGCAGGACAAAUGAAAACGGAAUUGGAAGAGCCACUGGCCGCAUUCGCCAGUGGUAUCAAGGAGCGAAGAAAGAUCAUUCAACAAACCAUCGAACGCCUUCACAAGACCAAAAUGCAGCAAACAGGUGUUGUUAACAAAACCCGUGAUCGUUAUGAACAGGACUGCCUUCGCAUUAAAGGAUACCUGGCACAGGGACACAUGGUGAUGGGACAGGAAGAGCGCAAGAACAAGGCCAAGCUUGAGAAGACACAAAUCCAGCUUGCGUCCAACAGCAAUGAAUACGAAGCCGCCAUAAAGCAACUCGAGGAGACCACUGGACGUUGGAAUAAGGAAUGGAAGUCUGCCUGUGACAAGUUCCAGGACUUGGAAGAGGAGCGUCUCGACUUUACGAAGAGCAGCUUGUGGACAUAUGCAAACAUUGCCUCAACUGUUUGUGUUAGCGACGAUGCUUCCUGUGAAAAAGUUCGUCUUUCAUUGGAAAAUUGCGAAGUGGAGAAGGAUAUUCUCGCAUUUAUCAAGUCGAACGGAACCGGUCAGGAAAUUCCAGAUCCUCCCAGAUUUAUCAACUUCUGCAAAGACGAUGACACCGGAUCUGAAAUGGACGAGGCAGAGGGUUAUUCAGUAGCCCAAUUUCAGCGCACCAUGAACCCUGCGUUCCGCACAUCAUCUCCCCAGCCAUCAACCUUCGAGUCUCACAACGACCCAUCCUCUGAACUUGCGGCUCAAAUGGGCCACCCUGCUCCUCCUAUUAAUGAAGCACCGAUGCCGCAACCCGCCUCUCAGCCUGCACCUUUGGAUUUCCGACGUGGAGGUGCGCCGCCUCCGAACUAUGACCCUGAGCGACAUGGAGAGAUUGGAGCAGUUCCCCAUAAUGCGUACCCCACCGAUGGCAUGACCAUGUUUUGUCGUGCGGGUCCUCCAUCGGAGCGUAGCUCGGCAGCCAGCGCGUAUCGUCCAUCCAGCCGCGACUCUCAGAGUGAGGUUUCGAAUCCUACCUCUUUGUCCAGUGUUGAAGCAACGCCUACCAAGCACGCUAUUCCGAAGCCAACGAACAGUGCGCCAAUUUCCGGCUCCUAUGAAGACAAGCAGUCACCAUCCCCAAAGAAGAAGAGUGCAUUCUUUAGCAACAGCCCAUUCCGUCGCAAGAGCCGGCAUGAUAAAGACCGUCCUGUUAUUCCUUCUCAGCCAGCUAUGUCCCCUCAGGCCGCGCCACGCAGUGGAUGGGACUCGCCUACUGCACAAUUGACCCCCACUCAGCCAAUUAGCCCACCAAAGCAAAUGAGCCCACCUAAGCAGAUGAGCACUCCCAAGCAGAUGAGUACUCCCAAGCAGAUGAGUACUCCCACGCAGAUGAGUACUCCUAAGCAAAUUAGUCCUCCCAAGCAGAUGAGUCCCCCCAAGCAGAUGAGUCCUCCCAAGCAGAUGAGUCCUCCCAAGCAGGUCAGUCCUGCUAAACCUCCGGCUGGUCCACCUGCUGUGGCGGCUCCUCCAACUCGCAUCUCCGCGAGCCCCGAACCUGUUGACCCCCGAGCCAACUUCCAGCUCAAUGUUGGAAACAAUGUAUUUGACGUUGCUUCUCCUGAAAAGACUUCUCCAAAUAAGGGGGCCCAGGCGGCCAAAGGAGCCGAAGAUGACUUGGAUCCCAUGGCACGUGCGCUGUUUGAGUUGAAGUCAAAUGGAAAGCAGUCUGCCACUCGAGUUUCUGCAGACAGAUACGCUGGUAUCUCCACGCCCAACCCAUCUGCGCCUUCUUCUCAGUAUGGUGGUAGCAAUGCCAGUGCUGCUGCAGCUCCUCCAGCUUACAAUGACCCGUCAGUCAAGCGACUCGGAGCUCCCCAGCCUGCCUUCACGGCCAAGCAAAUGCAGAAGACAACCCAAAAGUACACCGGUCAAGCUCAAAGCAUGCUUCGAGGCCAAAACAACAGCAUGGGAUCCCGACACAGCGGUCAAUCCCAGGAAGUUCCUCGUGCAAGAUCACCCGCACCAAGACGAAGCGUCAGCCCUCAGGUUGCACCUCGAGCUGCAUCUCCACGUGUGGACACUCGAAUGAGUCAAAACAGCAGAGGAGCAAGCCCAAGCCCGGCCUCGUACCAGUCCAACAGCAUGCGGAGCCAGUACAGUCAGUCCCCGACUCCUCGUCGUGCUGAAAACCAACCAUACUCUCCAAACGACUUCCAGAGAAGACCUUCACCCGCUAUGAGCAGCCGUGCAGUGUCUCCACAGCCUCAGUUCCGACAGCAAACCCGUCCCUCGAGUGCUGGCGGAAUGGAGUUGCAGUUAUCUGGUAGCCAUGGUGAUAUGUACGGCGCUAGCAGCCCUGGUGGAUAUAGCUCGGCCCGCUCCACUGGCCGCCCCUCAUCUACUUAUGGUGAUGGUCCGCCCAUCGGUCGCUCUCGUAGCCGUACUCUGGCUGUUGCAGAGCCUGGACGCAAGUUCAGUCGUGAUGGCCGUCCCAUUUUGCAUUUCGCUCGUGCCAUGUAUACCUACAAUGCUGCCAUCCCAGAGGAGCUCGGCUUUGGCAAGGGUGAUCUUCUUUCCGUUCUGCGCCUCCAAGAUGAUGGGUGGUGGGAAGCCGAAGUCACCAAUGCACGCGGCCACCCUGGUCUUGUGCCUAGCAACUACCUGCAAAUUAUCUGA